UCAGUCGACGCGAUGCGGGCUUUGCUCUGCUCCGACAAGUCUGGGCUCGUCAUUUUUUGCAGCGGAGGCACCGGCGGCUCCCCCCUCCCCCCAAAUCCAUCCAUCCAUCCAUCCGUCCAGACCGGAGCCUGGACGGCGCAACGGCUUAUGUCCAAUUUACACGCGCAGCCCUGCUUUAUAUCCGGCAAUGUAACUCGGGAUCCUCCGCCCUUCAGGCUGCCGGGGAGAGAAGGAGCUCCACGCCGACGGGAAUACACCCAGGUCGGGGACGAACGCGUUGAAAAAUGGUCGGUGUUUCUGGCCCGGGAGGCCGCUUUUGCCGUCAUGUGAACGCGGACGAGGCGCGUCGACCCGCCGGGGAUGAUGGUAAAACCAUGCGGCUCGGCAGUGCUCCAUAGCCUCCCCUGUCCCUCGCCGCCCACCUGAUCGCCUCUCCUCCUCCAUCUCUCCUCUCCGCCUUCUUUUCCCCUCCGUCUCUCUCCUCCUGUUCGCCAUGACGACCACCCUGGAGAUGCUGCUGGCCCGGCCCGACCGGGAGCUGAGCCCCGAGCGGCUGGACGGCUGCGGGGACUCUGGCGGCCGUUACAAGGUGGUUCCCUCCGUCGUCUGCUCGAUGUGCUGCCUUUUCGGCAUCAUUUACUGCUUCUUUGGCUACCGCUGCUUCAAAGCAGUGAUGUUCCUGACGGGCCUGAUGUUCGGCUCCGUCGUCAUCUUCAUGCUCUGCUACAAGGAGCGCGUGCUGGACACCCAGCUGAGCGUGGAGGCCUCGGUGGGCAUCGGCCUGGGCAUCGGCACGCUCUGCGGCCUGGUCACCAUGCUGGUUCGCAGCGUGGGCCUCUUCAUGGUGGGCCUGCUGCUGGGCCUGCUGGUGGCCGUGGCCACCCUGGUUGGCCUGGAGGAGCUUUCCGACAGCCCGCCGCGCUCCGUCUGGGUGCCCCUUGGCGUGCUGCUUGGCCUGGGCAUGCUGUUUGCCGUGCUCACCCUGCAGUGGCAGCGUCUCUUCACCACGCUGUCCACAGCAGUGUUCGGCGCAGCAGUGAUCACGGUGGCUUUGGACUACUUCAUAGAGCUCUUCGCCCUCGUGUUGUACAUGUACGAGCGGCUGAAGGCGGCGCCUGGCAAGCCUGUGUGUUGGCUGACAUGGGUGGUGCUUGGGGUGUGGCCUGCCCUCACCCUCCUGGGUGUCAUGGUCCAGUGGAAGGUGACCGCUGAGGGAUACUCCCAUACCAAGGUUAUCAUUAGCCGGCAACAGAGGAGGAUGCAGGUGAUGCGGAUCCGUCAGCGGGACGACCGCUACCGCAACAAGAAGAAGAAGAAGCAGCAGCACGGCUCCGCCUCCCACCACAACCACCAGGCCAAGCAACUCCACCCAGAACCCGCCUACCGCCGCAAACCCAACCCCAUCCGCCGCUACGACACGGACGUCCUCUCGCCGAGCUACAUCCAGAGUUUCCGAGACCGGCAGGUGCAGGCGCAGCCGUUCCCGGGACGGCUGGUGGGUGGACCCCACGAUGUGGUGGACGUGGGCUACGACUGCGGCUCCGUGACGCCCCUCGCCGGAGCAGCAGGACCUUCGCUACGGGUCUGACCCCUUCUCCACCUCCCAGAGGCCUGAACACACCAUAAACCAGGGAGAUACGUGACUCUACAAUCACUACCCCACCCGGGUGUAAUCACGCCUGUGCUAAAAUGAACCACUACCGGGGAUAGAUGCUAAGAUUCUGGGUUUGAAUACCGUCUGGGUUUAGCCACAACCCUAAGAGGAUGAAAAUAUGUUUAGGGCUGAAUUUACCCAAAAUGCAAACACGUUUAACCCUUUACUAAUUAAAUUUUAGAUGCUAAAGCUCCGCUCUCCUCACGGACACCUGCUGGAGCCGUCAGUGUGGUGCAGAGGUUUGGUUGACCUCUUUUCACUGGCUCUCGGUAGAUUCAAAUGCACAAAUGCAUGCAUGCACUUCCACAGAUACACGCCGCAACUACAAUCAGGAGGGUUGACGUGGACACCCGAAGCAGCCUACUGUACCCGGCCCCGACCUGCAACGUCACCGUCUCAAGUCAAACCAGAUCAGGGAUUGGAGUUUUGGUGCAAACCCGCCUCAGGUUCAAACACAGGCAUCGUACGACAAAUUAAAAUGCAGCGUCGCCCUCAUGCGGCGUGCCGUUUCUACUGCUGCCGCCAUUUUUCCUCAGCCUGUAGACCUCUGAAAAGCCCAACACGGAUCUUAUAUAAAGGGAAGUAGGGGCCCUUAAAUGCAAAACAGGAUCCUUUAUUUGCUUCUGUGCCAUCUGGACUAAAAAAAAAAUCCUCUUUGAAAUGGGGAGAGGUGUCUUUAACGUCGUUUUUAAAGGGGGAAUCCCCUCAUCACCCUCGGUGCUGGACGAUACACUACUUCAAGCGUCAAACUUCUCUCCGAAGGCCGGGGAGUCUGUUUAAACGGGUGCCUUGCCCCUCCUUGGACUGUGCCAGUCAGCAACAGGAGGGCGGUUACUGGCAGACCUCCGAUAAGACGGCUUGUUUUUGCAUUAAAUGUGAUCACAGAAGGACUUUUUUUGUUCUUUUUAGAAGGGGGUAGCCAAGGAGCUUCGACGAGCAGGGUAGGAGGUACAGGAGCGGAGUUGUCUUCACAGAUGCCUGGAUGUACGAGGGGGAUUUGCUUUCAGCCGACACCAAGAAAAGCCAUAUUUACACUGGCACCUCGUGAGAUUUCACCCAGUACGUACGGAAAAGAGAUUCUGAGGAUUUCCAAGUGUGGAAAAAGUGCAGUUAUUUUGAAUUUCAUCGCUGCAGUGUAAACUGUAUUUGCACUGCUCAGCAGAGUAGAAGUGAUAUUUUUAUUUCCUAAGCAUAAAUGAAAGAUGUUUCACACUUUCCACCGUCUGUCAUCGUGAUAAAGCUUCAAUCUCUUUCUGUUUUGUGCUUUUAUACAGUCCAACAGAUCAAAAUU